AUGACCUCUUCCUACGAGCGCAUUAAAUCGGAAUGCAAACAAAAAGGCGUCCUCUGGGAGGACGACGACUUUCCGGCCACACAGUCGUCCGUGUUCUACCAUCAAACACCUCCGUUCACAUUUCAAUGGAAGCGGCCACAUGAGAUCGUCUCGAAUCCAGUGUUCGUCAACGACUCCACCGCGCAGUUCGACAUCGUGCCGGGGAAGAUGGGUGAUCGGUGGCUGGUGUCCUGCCUAGGGGUGCUGUACCUUUCGAAAGGGCUGUUCUACCGGGUUGUACCGGCAGAUCAGAAUUUCGACAAGCCAUACUACGGCGUGUUUCGCUUUCGUCUGUGGUGGUGCGGCGAGUGGCUCGAGGUACUGGUCGAUGAUCGGCUGCCGACAAUCAAUGGCAAGCUUGCCUUCCUGCAGGCGCAAAACACCAACUCCUUCUGGCCGGGGUUACUGGAGAAAGCGUACGCGAAGUUGCACGGAUCAUAUGAGGCGCUGAAGUACGGCACACUGCUCGAUGGCUUGGCUGAUCUGACCGGAGGCAUCACCGAGUCAAUAUCCAUCAAGGUGGACAGCAAUAUCAUCAUCCGGCCCCCGUUGCUACACAACCUACUGGACACCACCAGCAUAAUCACGUGUACGAUCAACAAUGGAACCAUCACGCAGAUACGCAACCAAACCGAAGCCCUGCCAAAUGGGAUACACAUUGGCAUCAACUACCGGCUCUGUUCGAUGGAUAAGGCCGAAACGAUCAUGGGAGACACAGUUCAGUUGGUACGACUGCGCAACCCGCUCGCACAAACGCUCAACAAAGCGGCUGCGAACUUCAACGGCGACUGGUCGUCCUUUUCCAACUCCUGGGAACGCGUGACUAUGAAUGAGCGCAACCGGCUCAUCGAGCAGCUCGACCAGGGCGAGUUCUGGAUGUCGUUCUUUGACAUGACGCAAACCUUUACACAUCUCGAGUGCGUUCAUCUCGACUCGGACACGGCCCGCGACGAACCGCAGCUGGCGGACAAGAGCCGACGCUGGCUGAUGCGACUGUACCAGGGUGCCUGGAAGCGGGGCGUAACGGCGGGUGGUUGCCGCAACAAUCCGGACUCGUUUCAUAUCAACCCGCAGUUGCAGCUGUUCCUCAGCGAAAAGGAGGACGUCAUCAUCUCGGUGAACCAGCACAGUGUGCUAGAGCCGAAAGUCAUAGGAUUCACCGUGUACAAUCUAAACAGUGUGCAAAACAUCAACGGAUGCCUUUCGAAGAACUUCUUCAAGAAGCACAAAAGCUUAGUCAACUCCCAGUACACCAACUCGCGGCAGAUCAGUCACCGCUGUUCGCUCGAUCCUGGUCGCUACCUCAUCAUGGCGACCACCUUCGAGCCGGCCGAGGAGGCGUCCUUUAGCGUUCGGGUUCUCGGGAGCACCAUUCGACUGGCGCUGCUAGAGACGCAAACAAUGCUCCUGCUCGAUCCAUUCCCGCUGCUCAACUCCAACACCAAGAUCCUGAUCGAUUCGGCAAACAACAAUAACAAUAAUAAUGGUAUCGCCUGCAGCACCGCGCAGUACGAGCCAGUGUUUAUGCAACUGGCGGACGAUCAGAGGACAUUGAACUGCUUCGAUCUACAGGAGUUGCUCGAGGCGUGCCUUCCCAAUGAUUACAUUCGCAGCUGUGCCAGUAUAGAUGUGUGCAGGCAGGUCGUUUGCCUGAUGGAUAAAACCAACCGAGGCCGUAUUAAUUUCAACGAUUUCAACAAGUUCAUGAUCAACCUGAAAACCUGGUGGGGCGUCUUCAAGAUGCACACGAAGGAAAAGUCGGGUAUACUCAAGGCGGAACGGUUAAGGGAUGCACUGUUCGACGUCGGGUUCCAACUAAGUACCGACAAUAUAUCCAUUCUUAUUUUACGGUACAUGCGCCGAGAUGGCACGUUGCGGUUGGCAGACUUCAUAUCGGCCAUCCUGCAUCUGACGAUGGCCUUCGAAUUGUUUAAAGCGAAAGAUACAAACCAAGAUGGCAUUAUCAGCAUGGGAAUGAGUGAGUGGAUUAAAUCCGUCUUCAUGUGUUGAAUAUAGCUGAGUGUAACCCUCGACCUGGA